AUGGGAACACGAUUCCUGCAAGCAUUGCUGUUUGCGGCUGUAGUGGCCCUCGGGUCCUAUUGGGUCGUGCUCAUUAGGCGAUACAUGAAAACUCAAAACAAAAGGCGCAACCUCGAGGAAAGGGUUGCGGGACGAUCCGCUCGACGAUCCUCCACGGAAGGAAAUGAUGGCAGCUCUCGCAGUACAGACAGUGGUCGUGGUGAAAACACAGACCAUCACAUGAUGAAUACGAGUCACUGCGAGAUUAAUAUUAGGGAGCAGGAGGAUGACCUGAAUUAUUCCUCAGAAAGUGAGGAUGAUGAGGAAGAAAUCAUGUUUCAGAAACCUGAAGACAUUGAAGCCUUGAGACAACAGUGCUUUACGCAAAGCUUUGAUCCAACGUUGUUGUUUGGGCCAGAAGAAGAAAUGAAAGCAAUGUCAGCAGCAGAUCAUGCUGUACCUGCCAUGAACGUUCUCUUGCAACAGGAGACCUACUUGAGACAACUUCGGGAAGCAAGAAAAGCAAAGAGAGCAGCCGCUUCUGCAGCUGGUUUCCAAUACUCUCCACAAAAUAGGCAACUUUUGGAGGCCCUAGGAACCACUGCAACAAAGCUUCAAUCUAGUAGCUUUGAUAGCAGCACGCAACGUCAAACCAUUGACAAUGGCUAUUUCCCAACGCAACAACACGCAGCAGCAAUGAUGAAUUCGAGGCAGGUAGGUACGGGAUCUGGCACUGCUGGUGAUGCAUUGGAUGCUCUCAUGCAAACGUCAAUGAACCAAGCCGCCACGUCAGAAAAACAUUGCAAACUCUAG